UCAUAAAUAGGCCUACACGAGUAGCCCCCCCUUGUCAUUUGUUACUCGAUCGCUACCUGGCAACGCUCGUUGACAAGCGACAGUUUACAGUCGGUGGAUUUAAGAUGAUGUCUCAAGUGAACUACCAGUUGUCCGCUCGCGACCCUGCCGUCACGGCGUCACCUGACCGGAUGUACCCGGUGUCAACUCUCCACCGCAUCGCCCUUGUGUCCUGUGAGCGCAUCCUGCUCCUCAUGAACAACACCCGGAUGUUGCGACAUACCCGACUGAGCACAAUGGAUGAUGUUCUCCUAUAUCUUAACGGCAUGCACGACGACGUUGGUCUGAGCGGCGACCGCGGCGACUUCUAUCGCCGGAAGCUGGCAGAGGAACUGUACACUACUUUCAGCGUGCAUGGCGUCGAUUACACCAACAUCGACGCUGUUGUUGCCGGCGCGAUUGACCUUGAAAGACAGACACGCUUCAUUUUGGCCGAGAGCGGACGGAGACGGGAUAGAGCGCCACCUGUCCAUUAUGACGAACAGGUUCUGGACAUUUUGGCCAGAAUUGCUGACAUGCAUUAGAAUAAUUAUGAAACGUCAUGGUGACGGACGAACGUCCUACGUUCUCGUGUCUUUCCGGGCGAAAUCGGAACCCCGCAUUUCUUGAAAAUGACAACUAAUGACGGUUAUAUCUCAAAGGUGUAUUCCUCAUGUCUUAUGAUAUUGAACUAACUUAAAGAUUCCCUCACUACGCAAUAUACAGUGUACAAUUCAUGAUGUUUUGGAAGAGCGGUAAAUUCAAUGAUAUUCAAGCCACCGGGUAGGUUUUUGUUUUGUUUGUACAGAGUGCCUGAUUUCUUUGUAAACUAUGUAUGCCUAGUUGUAGAAAUAAAAGAUUACACGUGAA